UAUACAGGAAUCAAACUUCACUGCUGUACUGAAUGUGGCAAACAGUUUUCAAGAAGAUGUACUCUUCAAAGGCAUCAAAGAAUCCACACAGGAGAGAAGCCAUAUGACUGUUCUGAAUGUGGCAAAACGUUUUCACAGAAAAGCAUUCUUCAGACCCACCAAAGAAUUCACACAGGGAAGAAGCCGUAUGACUGUUCUGAUUGUGGAAAACAAUUCUCUUAUAGUAGUCAAUUUCAGAUACACAUUAAAACUCACUCAGGAGAGAAGCCGUAUUGCUGCUCUGAAUGUGGCAAAACGUUUUCACAGAGAAGCAGUCUUCAGAGCCACCAAAGAAUUCACUCAGGAGAGAAGCCAUAUUGCUGCUCUGAAUGUGGUAAACAGUUUUCACAUAAAAGCAGUCUUCAGAGCCACCAAAGAAUUCACACAGGGGAGAAGCCAUAUUACUGCUCUGAAUGUGGUAAACAGUUUUCAGAAAGAAUCGCUUUUCAGCGCCACAGAAUAAUUCACACAGGACAGAAGCCAUAUUGCUGUUCUUUAUGUGGCAAAAAGUUUUCACAUAGAAGCAGUCUUCAGACCCACCAAAGAAUUCACACAGGGGAGAAGCCGUAUUGCUGUUCUGAAUGUGGUAAACAGUUUUCACGGAAAAACAGUCUUCAGAGCCACCAAAGAAUUCACACAGGGGAGAAGCCAUAUUACUGCUCUGAAUGUGGUAAACAGUUUUCAGAAAGAAUCGCUUUUCAGCGCCACAGAAUAAUUCACACAGGACAGAAGCCAUAUUGCUGUUCUUUAUGUGGCAAAAAGUUUUCACAUAGAAGCAGUCUUCAGACCCACCAAAGAAUUCACACAGGGGAGAAGCCGUAUUGCUGUUCUGAAUGUGGUAAACUGUUUUCAGUUGGAAGCAGUUUUCAGCGCCACAAAAUAAUUCACACAGGGCAGAAGCCAUAUUGCUGUUUUGAAUGUGGCAAAAAGUUUUCAAAGAGAAGCAAUCUUAAGAGGCAUCAAAGAAUUCACACAAGAGAAAAAAAAUGACAAAAAACUCCUCCACCUUGCCCACAGAUGAACACAGUACAAUGCUAAGCAGUAGAAGAAAGAAUUCAUAAAGUUUAAUGAAAACAAAAGAGAUGUAAUUGGGGAAGCUACAAGUAAAGUGGUAAAUACACUGGCCACCUCCAACAGCCUGAUGUGGAAACAGAUCUUACUCAUGCAUAGCUUAUGAGGGGCGAACUAAUACCAAAAGAUGUACUCCUCAUCAUAGAUGCAGAAAACAGUGUCUUGGACACAAAGUGGUUCAGAUCAAAAAUAGAAAAAAAUAAAUAAAUAUCCCAUAAUUGUCCCUUCUGCCACAAAGAGCUAGACACAGUCACACAUCUUGUUGCUGGGUGUGAGGUACUGAUUACUGAAGGAUUUUACACUGCACAACACCACAAAGUGGCCAGGCUCAUUCACUGAAUACUUGGUAAGAAGUACAACUUACCCUCACCAGAAAGACACUGGGACCACAACUCAGACCGCACAAUGGAAAAUGAGGAGGUGCAGGUCACUUAUAGCACAGCAAUACUGACUGACUAAUAAUAGAGGCCAGAAAACCAGACGUAAGAAAUCCUGGAUAACAGAAGUAUUAUCUCCUAGUCAUUACUCAGUCUGAAGAAUGGAGAGGCAAGAAAGAAACAAAAUACCAAGAAAUGCAGUCUGAGAUAUGACAAGUGAAAUGUGGACCGAAAAACAAAAACAGAAGAAGUGCCUGUUGUUCUAGGAUGAACAGGACUGAUAAAGAAAAAUGUUCAGGCCCAUCUUGACAAAUUACAAUAACUCCUUAUGACCUGCAAAAAGAAGCCUUAUUAG